AUGGAAAAAGAACCGGGUAGCAACGGGUCGGAACCUCUGCAAUACAAGAUAUGGGUAUUGAAAGUCUCUAUCCACUGCGAAGGUUGCAAGAAGAAAGUCAAGAAAGUCCUUCAAAGUAUCGAAGGUGUAUAUCAGAUAGAGAUUGACUCUAAACAGCAUAAAGUUACAGUGAUAGGGAAUGUGGAUGGGGAUACAUUGGUAAAAAAACUGGUUAAGACAGGUAAAAAUGCUGAACUUUGGCCUGAAAAUUCUGAGAAAAAAUCCGGGAAGUCGAAGAAAAAGAAGAAGAAGAAGAAAGACUCAAACGAUAAAGAUGAUGAAAAUUCUACAGAUGAUGAAAAAAUAGAUGAGGAAAUCGGAAAUCCGAAAACAGAUGAUAAUGCUACGGCACCCGGGGAGGUGGAGGAAGAAGACGGUGAACAGGAAGUGGUGGCUCAGCCGAGUAGUGGUGGCGGAGGAAAAAAGAAGAAGAAAAAGAAGAAGAAGGGUAAAACGGGUAACACAGGUGAAGGUAAUGGUGAGGGUGCAGGUGGUGUACCUGUAUCAGCAAGCAAUGAAUCUUUUCCACCCUCAAAAACCAUGGGCCCACCUGUUUAUAAAGUGAAUUACAGCCCUCCACGUCAUGGUAUUCCUCCAUAUCCACAGUCUUACUAUGCCGUUCCAGAAUAUGGGUUGAAUUACAGUACAGCGCCUCCACCUAGUACUGGUAGUGCUUCAGGUUAUGCUUAUGCACAGCCCAUGUAUUCUUAUAUGCACUCGCGCCCAUAUGAUUAUUAUCCGCCUCCUCCACCGUCUGAUCCCGUUGAUGAUCGUGGUGAUUAUUAUGAUGAAGAUGCAAGUGGAUGCUCAAUCAUGUAA